UGCAUAUUUUUUUUUCUCCCCCAUACAGAAGCUCAGCGCACCCACCUUGAUCACGGUAGUUCAUUCUGGAGUUUUCCGGGAGUUUGCCCCGGGAUGAAAAUGGAAAGGGAUGUUCCCGACGGCAGUACGCAAAGGGAAAGCCCUGGGAAAUCCAUUUGCGACAAUGUAAACUGCAAACCCAGGAUGGGCUUCGAGGGAGAAAGUGAAUCCCCUGAAGCAGUGCAUUGUGGGGGAUUGCACCGGAGAGCAACUCUGCGGCAGGUGAAGGAGGAGCCGGAAGAUGGUUUGGCUCAAUCCUGGGAAGCCCAGUGGCAGGAGUUUUUGAAGACGGUAGAGUCCCCUCACUCUGAACGGGGAGCUCCCCAGUUGCCGGAGGAGCCCACCCCCUGGGACGACGCCAAGGGCUUUCUGGCUUCCUUCGAGCAAGUGGCCCAAGCCUGCCGGUGGCCCAAGGCCGAGUGGACGGUCCGUCUGCUGCCGGCCCUCAGCGGGGAAGCCGAGCUGGCCUUCAGCAGCCUGGAGGCCGGAGACAAGGAGAAUUAUGGGAAAGUGAAGGCCAUCAUCUUGCGAUGGGAUGCCCUCACAAGGGAGAGGUGGCGCCAGCACUUCCGCUGCUUCCGCUACCAGGAGGCCGAGGGGCCGCGAGGGGUUUGCGGGCAGCUCCAAGAGCUCUGCCGCCAGUGGCUGAAGGUGGAGAGGCACACCAAGGAGCAGAUCCUGGAGCUGCUGAUCCUGGAGCAGUUCCUGACCGUCCUUCCGCCGGAGAUCCAGAGCUGGGUGAGGGAGCACAGCCCGGAAACCUGCUCCCAGGCGGUGGCCCUGGCCGAGGAGUUCUUGUUGAGGCAGCGAGAGGCCGAGAGACUGGAUAACCAGGUAUUAUUUGAUGAGGACGAGGAGGAAGAGGGUUCGUCUGAGGUUGACCAAGCUCCUCCUGAUGCUGCGCAGAGGCUGGCCAACGUGGAAACCAAGCAGGAAGAUGGCAGCCACUACGAUGGGGAUCCGUGCCCAUCGGCAGGCAAAGGAUGGAUGACCGCAGAUGAGGAGGAGAAAUAUCUGCCCGAAGGUUCUGACAUGGUUGCGCCACGUGGGACUUCAGCAUGGAAAGAGAGUCUUUCCCCGUGUCACGAGCUCAAUAGUUCCUCAGCAAGUCAGGAAAGAACGAGGUGCUGUCAGGAAAUCCGCCCAGCACAGGAAGCAGAACUAUCCAUUUCCUGUGGGGAAGGUCCCCAGGUCCCCAGUGAACCCACGAUCCAAAUAGAGAUUGAUGCCGAUGAUGUGGGGGAGAACGAGGAAGAACAGGAAUUACCUGGGAUAUUGUCUGGAAGAGAUGGGCAUGCACAGUUGAAGGAGAUCCUUUGGAAUCGAGAUGGACCACAGAUGGAGGAUGGCAACCACACAGGGAAAAAGAAACACCAAUCCAUCCCUUAUCAGGAUGGGAACUUUUAUGACAUCCCAGAUCAACAAGAACAGGCCGAAAACAGGAGGGUCAAGGGCCUUGAUAUUUGUUGGAGAAUACACACAGAAGAGAAACCAGAACAGACCUUAGUGUUUGGGAAGAGCUUCACUGAGGGCGGAAAUCUUCCGGAAUUUCAAAUGCUCUGUGAAGAGCAGAAAACGUACAAAUGCUUUGUGUGUGGAAAGUGCUUCACACGGAGUACCAACCUUACUUCACAUCAAAGAAUCCACACAGGGGAGAAGCCCUAUGGCUGCCCAGACUGUAGCAAAAGGUUUUCUAGUCAGUCAGAUCUUAUUAAGCAUAAGAGAAUUCACAGAGGAGAGAAACCGUACAAAUGCUUUGUGUGCGGGAAGAGCUUUAGCCAGGGUGGGCACCUAACCUCGCACCAAAGAAUCCACACAGGGGAGAAGCCCUAUAAAUGCUUGGAGUGUGGGAAGAACUUUAGCAAGAACACCAACCUUACUCUGCAUCAGAGAAUCCACACAGGGGAGAAACCAUACAAAUGUCUAGAGUGUGGGAAGAGCUUCACUUGGAAUUCAAACCUUACCUCCCACCAGAGAAUUCAUACAGGGGAGAAGCCGUUCAAAUGCUCAGAUUGUAGCAAGAGCUUCUGCAAUCACUCGACGCUUAUUAAGCACAUGCGAAUCCACACAGGGGAGAAGCCCUAUAAAUGCUUUGUGUGCGCAAAAAGCUUCAGUCAGAGCUCUAGCCUCACGGCACACAAGAGAAUCCACACGGGGGAGAAACCGUAUAAGUGUUCUGAAUGUGGAAAGAGCUAUAGCAAAAACACAAAUCUUAUUUCACACCAGAGAAUUCACACAGUGGGAAAACUGCAUAAGUAAAUUGUUGCAUUAAUGCUUGUAGGAAGAGCCCUCGAUGUAUACCUAUAGGGAAAACCAUAGAAAUUAAACUUUCUACACAUGAAGAAAUCCAGCUACCAUCUUAUUAGAUAUUCACACACAGAAGUUGCAUAAAUGUCUAGAUGUCUGGAGGUCAAGUUAUAAGUCGUGGGAAACCAUACGAGUGACAGUGGACAAAACUGAGGGGGGAUUGAGCAACUUCCAUUGUUUCUCCACCAGUCAGUUAAAAUGUAAACGGGAUAGUAAUUUUGGGGGGCCGUUUUUUUCCUAGAUAGAUAUUUCUUUUUGUCAGCAUUAUGCAAGCUACAUUGAAAUAAAGGUUUCUUCCAGGUUUUUCAA